CCGAGAUGUAAAUAGGGCUUAAAGGGAAAAGAAAUGUAACAUUAUACCUAAUUUCUUUUUAACUAUGUCUGCCUUCAGUAAUGAACCUCUAAAGGACGGAAACAAGAGUGGGUUUUGGAAAAAGGGAGGCGGGUUUCCUGGAAGCAUAAAGCCAGUAUAUGGAGCUCAGCAUCCUCCCCUUCAAGUGAUGCCAAAGGGAAAAGAGGAACGUUCAAAAAUGAGCAACAAGAGAGAUGCUUUCCAAGACUUUGAGAACAACACAUCAGAUGCUUGGGAUGAUGGAGAUGAUGAUCUGCUUAUUAUGGCAAAUAUUCAGAUGUCACUACGUGAUGUACGAUCCACAGCACAAGCUGUCAUGGAAAAUCAUAGCAAGCAGUUUAGUGCUCAAAACCAGCAGUCUUCUUCAAAUGCUAUCAAAGAACAUGUGACAGCUAUCCCAUCUGCAACAUCAUCUCAUGGGGCAGGCCCAGGUGUUGGAGUCCGUCUGAACAGGGGAUGGAAACCCCCCAAGUCUACACCCAUCAGAUUUACCAAGGAAGCAGUUCCUGACAGAGAAGCUACUAAGCUAGAGAAGUUCCGAUCUGUGCUGGCUGGUCCAAACACAGACCUGGAUGAGUUAAGGAAACUUAGCUGGUCUGGAAUACCAAAACUUGUACGAGCAACAGCCUGGAAAAUUUUAUCUGGUUAUCUCCCUGCCUGUGUGGAUAGAAGGGAGCCUACUCUACAGAGAAAACGCCAUGAGUACUUUGGAUUUAUAGAGCAAUAUUAUGACACACGGCAUCAAGAGAUUCAUCAGGACACUUUCAGACAACAACAUUUAGGUCUUGGCACAAUUCUCAAAGACAUCCCGAGAAUGACUUCUCUAGCUCACCUUUUUCAACAAAAAGUUGUUCAAGAAAUAUUUGAGCGCAUCCUGUACAUCUGGGCCAUAAGACAUCCUGCCAGUGGCUAUGUGCAGGGAAUCAACGAUUUGGUCACUCCAUUCUUUGUUGUGUUUCUCUCAGAGUUUAUAGAUAAUGAUGUGGAAUCAGAAAACUUUGAUCUGUGUCAACUUCCUCAAGAGACUUUAAACAUAAUAGAAGCAGACAGUUUCUGGUGCACUUCUCGGCUCUUAGAUGGCAUACAGGACAAUUACACAUUUGCUCAGCCAGGCAUUCAGAUGAAAGUCAAUGCCCUGAAGGAACUGAUCAAGAGAAUUGACGUUCCAUUAUACAAACAUUUGGAAGAGCAUUGUGUGGAAUUUCUUCAGUUCUCAUUCAGGUGGAUGAACAACAUACUGAUGCGUGAAAUUCCUCUUAGGUGUACAAUUCGACUUUGGGACACAUAUCAGGCUGAGCAGAAUGGAUUUGCUGAUUUCCACCUGUAUGUUUGUGCUGCAUUUCUAGUCAGGUUUACCCAGGAUGUUCUCAGAGAGCAAGAUUUUCAGGGAAUUCUUAUGUUUCUUCAAAACCUUCCGACCCACCACUGGCAAAAUGAGGAGAUUGGUGAACUCUUAGCUGAGGCAUACAAACUUAAGUAUAUGUUUGCUGAUGCACCAAACCAUUUAAGUAAGAAGAAGUGAGUUUUGUUGUUAGGAUUCUCUGUGUAGAUGACCCAGAGCUGUAUUGGGAGGGCCCAGAAGGGCACUGCUGGUGCUGGACUCGCCCCAACCACAAGCCACUAUAUUCAAGUCUUUCAAUGAUUAGUGCCAAGACUUCUCUGGGAAAGCAGGAAGUAUCAAACAGGAAUUCCUCUACCUUUGCCAAAAUGAUGUCACUCAAACCAAAUUAUUGUUGUUCAUCUAAUCAGCAAAAGACAGUGCUGGUGAAUGGUGUGGUGUAUUGUGUUUGAUUCUUAGAAAUUCUAUGCAAACAGAUUUAUGUGGUACAAAGUAGUUCUCUGAUAGAUUGUUGUCAGUUUACUCCAUAUAUACCCAGCAUUUUAAUGAUUUUAGACACCUGUCUUUAUGUCUUAUAAAACCAAUAUACCAUUAAUGUGUAAAUUACACAGACAAGUAAUUACUGGUAAGGUAACUACUUUGUACUCAUUCAGAGUUGUUCAUUCUUAACUUGACAUUUAUUUUGUGUACAUCAGAUGUGCAUUAUUCAUAGUAUGUGGUGCAGUAGACAUAAUGAUAUGUGAUUAUAUGAAUAAUAUACUCUUAAAUUUAUUCAGUUGUAAUACACAAAUGCUCUUGUUAUUUUGUGAAGCAACAUGUGUGUAUAAACUAUUUUACCUAUAUUUAAUUUUAAUGGAAGAUGAGAUACUCUGUGUUGUACUAACAUUGUAUUUUCUUUGUGAGUGCAGUACUCAAGCUGAAUAACUAGGACAAUAUAUUACAGUAUAAAAGCUGAAUAUUAAUGACUCUUGAAUAAGAUACCAUUCGGAGAGAUCUAUUGGAAAUCAUAUUUGAUUUUCCUCCAAUAAUAAUUUGCAAAGUUUCAUGACUGAUUUUUCUUAUACACUUGAACUUUGGUAUCUUGAACAUUGGUAUCUUGAAUACCAUGGAUAUGUCAUAGUGAUUUGGAAGUUCCAACCACUUAUUCCUUAAGUAUUUUACUCCUGAUAUCUCAAAUCUCAGAUAUCUCAAAGUUUUUUCUCGGUCCCAUCAAGUUCAAGAUAACGAGGUUUGACUGUAUAUACUGUUUACUUGGAAAUUUUCAACCAUCAGUGUUAUUUUUGGCCUUUAACUGACAAUAGUGAAAGAAUUAGAGACUAUGCUCAUCACUGAGUACUUUCAUGGUUUAAUAUGCUUACAUUUAAUGAAAUGCAUUAAAGAAUGGUGUAUAGAUAGCUUGCUGGGGCCAUCUUUAAAAAAUUGUUUGGUUGCCCUCUUCCGGCUGCCUGACUAAAAAUGACCCGACUCAAAAUUCCUAUAACCUCCAGGAAACAAUUCUUUUUUUAUGCAUUGCAGGAAAUAGAUUUUGAUAAUUCAGCAUUGUUGUUUAAAUUUUCUGAGGGAAAAAAUUUCCCACCUACCUACCGACCCAAUUUUUUCAUCCUGAGAUGGGUGAGGGCAAACAAACAUUAAUCUAAAGUUGGCCCGAUAUAAAAAUAAUACUCAUACACCAUAUGAACCAAGUCUGUGUGAAGUUGUUAAUAUGACCAUUGUAACAUAGUAUUAGGGCUGUGUAACAUAGGGGGAAAAUUCUCAGAAUGUAUUACAAUAUUUAAGAAAAAUAUCGCAAUAUAUUAUGAUACAUCAAGUUUUAAGGUGUGUUGGUUUCUUCAUAAUUGUGGUGUGAUAUUAAGGAAGGAAAAUGUAGAUUUCAGCAUUUUUGUUUCAAAAAAUCUUUUUUUCUACCUAAAACCAAGCUUAAAGCAAAAAUUAAAAUUCCAUUUUUUUAUUGUUAGAAAGAGAAAUUUGACCUUUUUUUAGGAUUUCUAAUGAGCUCCACCAUAUUGUUUACAAAAGACCAAAACCUGAGCAUUAUAUACUUCUGGAAAGUAUCCAAAAAAAAAUUUAAACAUUGAUAUUUCAUUUUAUGUAUCAAUGUAUGAAGUCAACACCCUCUGCAUCACAAGACAUCACCCCUACAUAUGAUACAUGACUCAUAUUUCCAGAAGGUUGAGGACUGAGUUUACUGCUGGGGAAAUCAAUUUUCAGAUAUCUUCAAAUGAAAAUUUUAGAAGAAUAAAUUAUUAAUAAUACACUUGUUCCAUUGAAAUAUUCCUUAGCUAUUUCACUUUUGUGUACAUCUGCAUUAAUUUAAAGUUUUGAUUAUAAAUCUGUUGUGAAUAGAUACAUAUCAUGACAUCAUUGUCAUUAACAUUGUAUUCAUUUACUCAGUGAAGAUUAAGUAACACUGUUAUAACAUGCUGAUGAUCUUCAAAGCUCAGCUGAACUUAAAGCUCAAGUGAGCUUUUCUGAUCACAUUUUGUCCAGCAUCAGUUUGUCCGUCUCUCUGUACACUUUUUAACAUUUUAGACUACUCAGGAAUCACUGGGCCAAUUUCACCCAAUAAGAGGUUAUAUUUUUUUUUUUAUGGGAACCCCUCCUGAAGAAUUUUCAGGGGUCCAUGUUUUAUGCUCUGUUCACAAAUAUGUAUUAUUUGUAGGUUUUUUUGAGAUUGAUCACUGUUCAUUAUUUUCAACUUUUUCUUAGGAAAAAAUCUUCAAAAAUCUUAUUCUCAAAAUCAACAGGGCCAUGAUUAGUCAUAUUAAUAUGUAAUCUUUUUCAAUUAAUGUUGAUUCAAAUUCAAAUUAGGGUCCAUGGGAAUAGAUUUGGGCUACAAUAGGGGAUCAGAGUUUUACAAGGUAACAUGUAGGAACAAAUCUUUUGAAGAGUAGCAAGGUCAUACUAAAUCAUGUUAAAAAGCAAAUAAAUUGUGUUUAUUCUUUUUUUCUUUCACUGAAAGUGGGGGAUAUUAAUUUAGGUUCAUCUGUCUGUCUGUAUUUCUGUCUGCAUGUAACUCUUUCAUUUCCAGACGAUCUCUCGAGAAGCCUUGAAGCUUUUGCAAUGAAAUUUUAUAUCACAACUCCCUUUGGCCUAAAAAAGACCCUUAUUGAUUCUGAGGUCAAAGGUUGUAAAUUCAUACAUUUUGUGUGUGUGUAACACUUUCGUUUCAUCUUAAAAAGUUUUUGAGCUUUCGCACUGAAAUUUCAUACCACAACUCCCUAUGGCCUAAAGAGGACCCUUAUUUAUUUUGAAGUCAAAGGUCAAGGUCAUAAAUCCAUCUGUUUUUGUUGAACACAUUGUUUCUGGAUGAUAAGAAGCUUUUGCAAUGAAAUUUUUUCCACUACUUAUGGUCACAUCUGCCCCUCUCAAAGUGUCCCACCCCGUUUUUUUUUGUUUUUUUUUUUAUUGAAGUUUUUUGUUAUCAAAAGUCAAUUGGAAGUUUGUUGGCAUCACUCGUGGUCAGAGUUUUAGAGUUACUUCCCAUUUGUAUUAAAAAGUCAUGUGGCACUAUUUUUAGCUCAGGGGUUAUUAUGAACUCAUGGGUUAACUCGGGGAUGGAUCAAAUUUUACAUAAUGAGUGAUCAGGGAAAAAAAAUCUUUUACUUGUCUUCUCAUACAGAACAGCAAGGCUGUGUAAAUAAACCUAUUUGAUAUUGAAGCAACCUAAUAUUGUGUGGAUUCAAGUUCAGUUAUAUCAAUAACCCUUAAAGCUAGUAAAGGGCCACAAUAUGCUGUUAAAAUGUUUUUCCUGGAAUUAAAAAGGGGGGGGGGGGUAAAAACAAAUUUCCCCUGAAGAACACCAGGACCAUGUUGACUCAGGUGAGCCAUGUGGUCCAUGAGACAUUUUUUUUUAUACAUACUCAUUGGGUCAAGAACCCUCAUUUUCAGUGAAAAUGUAUGAAAGUAUUUUACUUUUAGAAUACAGUUCAAAACAUGCCACAUUUUAUGGUGUGUACUUUUGAUAUUUUUAACAACAUACCAGUUUAAAAUCCCUUGUUCUGAUUUUCUCCUGGAAACUUAUAAAAAGAAUUUUCUGAUGCAUUACAAUCCUGAAAAUUUCAAUACUGUUCUACAUUUAACUGUACAUUUAUUGUUUGGCACUGAAGACUAAAAACUAUGACGUUACUUUAUUAGAGUAGUUGAAAGGAAUUAGAUAAAGGGGAAAUUUUUAAAAAAAAAAAAAAAAAAAAAGGGGGGGGGGAUUAUGAAUUGAAAAUGGAUUUGAACAGAAUUUUUUUUAUGAAAAUACCAAAUUCUGACAUGGAAAAUUUUAAACCUCUAAGCUUUGAUUCAUUUUAAAGAAAUUCUCAGUUUAUCAAUCUUAAUAGACAAUCCUGAAGUUAGCUGCAGAACUGUAGCUCUCCGAAAAAAAAAAAUAUUGACAGAUCAGUUUCGGAGAGCUACAGUUCAGCAGCUACAUGUAUCCUGAAGUCAUCUAUCAAUAUAUUUCAAAAGUCACUUCAGUUCAUAUUAAAAAAAAAACAAGGCUUGUUUUCAUGCUUUGUUUAUCAACAUUGAUCUUUUUAAAAAUACAAUCUGAUUGAUGUAUUUAUCCAGAUUUAUAAACAUUUUUGUCUCAUUCAUAAACAUUCCAUAUUCAUAACUUUUUGGUUCAAUAAGCACAUGAAACUGGUCAAUCCUGAAAUUCACACAUUUUUAAAAUGGCUGCAGGAGUUGACAGUUUAAUGUUAAAAUAGUUAUGUCAAUUGUAUAAUGUGUGCAAUUUUAAUGAAUAUUGAUUAAAGAAUGUUAUGUAU